UUCUUGGCUCAUAACAAGGCGGAGAGUGUUCAACUUUUGUCUAAUUACCGUUGAUUGUGGUUUGUGUCAGUGUUGUUAUUGCUACUGAAUCCAGCUCGUCAUGUCGGACACAUGGAGCAACAUUCAGGCGCACAAGAAGCAGCUGGACUCGCUGCGGGAGAGGCUGCAGCGGCGGCGGAAAGACCCCGCACAACUGUCCGCGGACGGUGGCAGCAGCACAGAGGGCUCCACAGCCAGGAGUGACAGCCCGGCUCCAUCUGCGGCUUUCCCCCCUCAAGAAGAGACUGAAAAACCACCAGACCCCGAACUAGAGAAGAGGCUGCUGGGAUAUCUCUCUGAUCUUAGUCUUUCGAUGCCAAUAGACUCCCUUGCCAUCACAAAUGAACUCAACAGCUCUGAAACAGCCGUCAGUCAUGGAUGCAUCCAAAGUCUGCUGCUAAAAUUCUCCGCUCAGGAGCUCAUCGAGGUCCGCCAGCCCUCCUCAGCCUCUUCUUCUACUACUUCCUCCCCCUCUGUUGUGGUAGCAGUGGACCACACGAAACUAUGGGCCAUGAUCGGGUCUGGUGCCGGAGCCCAGCGGAUGGGAGUCAAGAGAAAAGCAGAAGAUCAGAGCCACCACAAAAGGGCUCCAGGCUUCUCGCCCUCGCUUCAGAGCUCUGCCUCUCCUCCGCACACUUCCUUCACCUCUCUGACGCCGGCUUCCUCCACGCAGCUCGCAGGGCCUUUGGCGUCAGGGAGCGGGGCCGACAAGAAGGGCAGGAGCAGCAAAGGCCAGUCGUCUCACUUGGACAUGGAGAUCGAGAGCCUCCUAAACCAACAGUCCACUAAAGAGCAGCAGAGCAAGAAGGUGAGCAGAGAGAUUCUGGAGCUGCUUAACGCCAGCACAGCUAAGGAGCAGUCCAUCGUUGAAAAGUUCCGGUCUCGUGGCCGAGCUCAAGUCCAGGAGUUCUGUGACCACGGGACCAAAGAGGAGUGCGUGCGCUCCGGGGACACACCUCAGCCAUGCACCAAGUUACACUUCCGUCGCAUCAUCAACAAGCACACAGACGAGAGCCUCGGCGACUGCUCCUUCCUCAACACGUGUUUCCACAUGGACACGUGCAAAUACGUCCACUAUGAGAUCGACAGCCCCCCAGAGGCCGAGGGGAGCCUGCUGGGGCCCCAGGCCGGGGCCACGGAGCUCGGACUCCAUGCGGGAGACGCAGACAGCAACGUGGGCAAACUGUUCCCCUCACAGUGGAUCUGCUGUGACAUCCGCUACUUGGACGUGUCCAUCCUGGGGAAGUUUGCUGUGGUGAUGGCCGACCCUCCGUGGGACAUCCACAUGGAGUUACCCUACGGCACGCUGACUGACGACGAGAUGAGAAAGCUCAACAUCCCCAUCCUGCAAGAUGACGGCUUCCUCUUCCUCUGGGUCACCGGCAGGGCUAUGGAGCUGGGCAGAGAAUGUCUCAGUCUUUGGGGCUAUGAGCGCGUCGAUGAAAUCAUUUGGGUGAAAACCAACCAGCUUCAGAGAAUCAUCCGCACAGGAAGGACAGGCCAUUGGUUGAACCACGGGAAAGAGCACUGUCUGGUGGGUGUGAAGGGAAACCCUCAGGGCUUCAACAGAGGUUUGGACUGUGACGUAAUUGUGGCUGAGGUCCGCUCCACCAGUCACAAACCAGACGAGAUCUACGGCAUGAUAGAGAGACUGUCGCCCGGCACCAGGAAGAUCGAGCUUUUCGGCCGACCCCACAACGUCCAACCCAACUGGAUAACUCUUGGAAACCAGCUUGAUGGCAUUCAUCUCUUGGAUCCUGAGGUCGUGGCUCGGUUUAAGAAGCGUUACCCAGACGGCGUCAUCUCCAAACCCAAAAACAUGCAGUGAUGGCUUUAUCAUUGCUCACAGGUCUGGAGAAGUUUGUGUAUAAACAGAUUUUUGUUUAUUAUUUUUUAUACCUGUGUAUUAAUUUCUCAAAUAAAUGUGAUGAACGAGAUACAUUGUCUGUGUCUUGGUUAAGAAAUGAUUAGAAUAGACUUCUGUUGAGGCACUCUUCUUCCCCAGCACAAUGGAUUUAGGAAAUUCUGCAUAAUAUUAAGAUGGAGAAACUAAGAUUCUCUCUCAUGGGCUCAUUUAUCAUAUAUCCACCUGUUCCACAUUUCCCCGGACAUGGAAGAGGACUGGCUGUACUGCUCUUACUAUACUGAAGGACUCCCAAAAAUCAAUAAAAAGAUUGAAAAAGAAAGAAAUUGUGGCCCCCAAGCACCUCACACAUUUCACACAAACCUGUCCACUGCUUGAUUCAUCAGCUCCCGUCUCACGUAUACUACUACAACCAUUGGUGUGCCACCAGAACCCUUGUUAAAGCCUGAAACAGAGAUAUAACUGCCUCUCUAACAUUCUUCAAAAGAAGCAGGGAGAUCUCCCAAAGCAGCCUCCGUUCAAUCAGUUUGAAUGAUGUGAUGUUUUUCUACAGACUAAGAAUUGCAUCUCUGGCCUGUUUUCUUCAACCGUGAUUCCAAAACAGUUGCUGUGUAAAACCUAAUGUGAUAACGCGCUAAUCCUUUGCGACAUAUACUCACCUGAAAACAGCACAAAGACAUGGGCUCAGGAACAUUUUGUAAAACACUUUAACUUCUUCUAAAUGAUUGCAUUCUGCUUUUAUUUAUGUUUUACACGGUGUCCCAACUUUUCCGGCAUCAGGGUUGUACAUGUAUAAUCUGUCCGUCCUAGCUUGAUGUUUGAAGUAAGCUGGUGUCAGUUUAUUCCUCUCACUCCACUAAAUAAUGCUGUUGAACUCCCUGACGAGUCCUCUCACACCCUCGUUUUUCUUUCUCUUAUGUUUUUGUUUGUUUUUUCGUUUUCUCUCUUUUUUCUUUCCUUACUUCUUGAGUUGUGACGUUCUAGUUACAGUAGAAGUAAAAACAUGCGGAUAUGUAAAUGAAUAUGCUGUACCC